UAUUACAGCCUUCUGCAAAAGAAAGCAAUUAUUAUACAGAAGACAUGGCGGGGCUUUGCAGCAAGGGCACGUGUCAGACAAAUGGUGAAGGAGGCAUAUUUUACCAUGAAGAUGAAUUACUACAACGAGAUGGCGGUCAGGAUUUCGAAAACAUGGAGAGGAUUCUAUGUAAGGAAGUAUAUCCUCGACUUUUAUGCUCGGAAACGCUAUCUGGAGCAAAUUCUCAUAAAGAAUGAGCUUAUAAGACUCGACCACAUAUGCAUGUCCUACUGGGAGGACACGUUGGAGGAACUAUGUCUUUCUGCUGGUCUGGGAACACUUCGGGCUCUGGUGUCUGGGGAAAGAGGGGUCUUGGAGAUGCUGGAUAAAGCGAAAGACAAUGAGUAUCAGUCACAGAUUCCUGGGGUGUUUCACUCUCAGCCCGAGAUGGAACUUCUUUUGAGGCAAGUUAAAUAUCAUCCCUGUACCAGCCAGCCUCACACAGACAAAACUCCCGGGAGUGUUUGUGAUUCAGUGAGAGUUAGUUUCUCUGGUUCGCUACAAAAAAAAGAAAACUCCACCAGAACCUGGGACUUGAGGACCAGUCUACUUGUAUUUGCCAAAAAGACACGCAAGGCAAAGAACAAGAAAAUGGGAUGUUUAAGAAUCAGUAUCUACAUGUGCAAAAAUGUCAAUUUGUUGUUUUUAAAGUUUUAAAGUUUUUAAAAUAAAGCUCCUCCAAUGUUCUCACGUUACAUGAUGUUUAACACAAAAGCUGAACUAAGGCCAAUAUUUGUUUAAUUUUAUUAACAGCACUUGGAACAUUAGUAAGGACACAAUUCCAGAAACAUUUUGAAGAUUUUUUGUUACGAUUAGUUUUGCCAUUAAAGGAUCAUAACAUUAAGAUACAUUGUGUGAGCACAGUUAAGGUGUUUGUGCUUUGUUUGCUUAUAUUAGUUUGUUCUCAGGGCAGGAAGUCCCUGUUUUCUUUCGUUUGCCCUCUCCCCUUUAGAUCAGGCCCCUAUAUCCCUGGUGUGAUAACUAUCUAGUGGUGAUGAAUAAGGUUGAGGUGCUGGCUGUGGAAGUGGUCAGACCAGGCCACUGAUCCCAUAGCGAUAGGAGCAAGGACAGGGUCCCUGUCCCUUCCUCUAUCGCUCCCCCUCAUGCUCUGAACUCUUUUUGUUUUGAAGCAAAAAAGAACUGAAGGUCAUCUUAAACAAGUAAAAAAUUGUUUAAGUUAACCAGUUUAGCAAAAACGUUAACUGUCAUCCUUAGAUGAACAUCUAAUAAGAGUUAGAUAUUAAAAAUAUAAAAAUAUUUUCUCAGUGUUUGUA